AUGCUAUUUAGUACACAAAGGCACCUCUCGAAUACUGCACACACCUCUUCCAGCGCAAACAGGACACCCCCAAUGGGUGCACCAAAGGCCGCGGCGACACCAGCAGCAGCCCCGCAACUUACGAAGUCACGUUUCGCUCUGUCGGUUCGGAACAUGCGCAUGUGCGUGUUAAUCCAUGGUAGGGAGGUUGAUUUGCCCUGUAUUGGUCGCAGGUCGAAGGUGUUUAGAACGAAGGACGAGAGAGAUCUGUUCAAGCGCACCUGUGAACGUGAGCCCAAAACAGGUGAUCGUGGACAGCUUGCUCGCCGAUUGGAAAUGGUUAGUAGGACAG